CUUGGCCGCGUGCGGUUGUAAAUUUACUUUGCUAUUAGGCAAGAAAUUAAUUCGAACAUUUUCGAAACUCCGCAAAAAUUAAUACAAAAGCCGUCUAUAAAUGUAGAGCACCGAGUUCGAGAAUCGAAAAAGUGCCAAGUUUUCUUUCGUAUUAGCAAAACCGUGAUUAAAGCGAACACUUGGAUUAUCGCUCACGGUGCAGCUAUUGCACAGAAUUUGGAAAACAUUUCUAAUAAGUGUUUAAAAAAAUAUUAUCAAAACAUAAACUAAUGAUCAUAUAAUGCUAAAUAUUGUGUUGAAAAUAAUAUCGUAACUCAAAAUGAGUUUGUAAUAAAAAACAAUGAAUACUUGUGAAUUUUAGGCAAGUAAAUAACUAUAAAAACAACAACAAAAAAAUAAAUAAAUAAAUAAAACAAAAUAACUGAAGGCAAAAAAAAGCAUCGAAAAUAUUUGUGUUUGCCACUGAAAUGAGUUAUUAGUGGUUUUGUGUUAAAAAUAGUAAUGAAAAUUCAAAUUCAAUCAAAUUGCAAUUAAAUUGCGUGGGAAAAUUUGGAGAAAUCAUAAAAAUCGCAUGACAAUUCAUUGCACGAGUUACUGCUGGACAGUUGGAAAAGCAAUGGUUCGUUUAUAAAAUCAACACUCAUUAAAAACGUAUGAAAUAGAGCAAAUCUAAAGAAUAAUAACAACUACAUUGGAACACAGCUUAAUAAGGAACCACAUAGACACACACGUAUACGCCACAAAAUGUUGCAAAUCAAGAGCAUUAUCUACAUUUCGCUGUUCUGCCUGCUGCUCGCCACCAAAGCUAGCGGCUUGGCUAACUGUCCAUCAGGUUGUCAGUGCGAUGACAAUACCUUGAUCGUGCAGUGUGGUGAGGGUCAAUUGGAUGUGCUGCCGAUUGCACUGAAUCCGUCCAUACAACGCCUGGUGAUACGAAAUAACAAAAUCAAGACGAUCGACUCUUCGAUACAAUUCUAUGCCGAGCUGACAUUCCUCGAUUUGUCGUCGAAUCAUCUAAUGACCAUACCGCAGCGCACCUUCGCCUAUCAGAAGAAGCUGCAGGAGGUGCAUUUGAAUGACAAUAAGAUCGGCGCAAUCAGCAAUAAAACAUUCAUCGGCUUGUCGGCCGUAACAGUAUUGAAUUUACGCGGCAAUCUCAUUUCCGAGCUACAUUUGGGCACCUUUACGCCGUUGGUUAAAAUUGAAGAGCUGAAUUUGGGUAAAAACCGCAUUGGCUUUGUGGAUCCGAAAGCGUUUGACGGUUUGUCGCAGCUGCGCAUCUUGUAUUUGGAUGACAAUGCGUUGACUUCGGUGCCCGAUCCAGUUAUUUUUCAGGCCAUGCCCAGUUUGGCGGAGCUCUUUCUGGGCAUGAAUACUUUAUUGAGCGUACCGGCAGCGGCCUUCCAAGAUGUGCCGGCCUUAACGCGUCUGGACUUACGUGGCGCUGGGUUACGGAAUAUUUCGCAUGACUCAUUUAAAGGUUUGGAAGCGCUGCGCCAACUGGAUCUUUCUGACAAUCGCUUGACGCGUAUACCCACCUUCAGUUUGAGUAAUUUGGUGCGUUUAGAGGAAUUAGCUUUGGGUCAGAAUGAUUUUGAGGUGAUUGUUGAGGGUGCUUUUGUUGGUUUGAAGCAAUUGAAACGCUUAGAAAUCAAUGGCGCUCUAAGGCUGAAACGCAUAAUGAAUGGCGCGUUCUCGACCAAUGGCAAUUUGGAGUUUUUAAACCUGUCUUCGAAUAAGAUGUUGCAUGAGGUGCAAGAGGGCGCUUUGAGCGGUUUACCCAAUAUGCGUCAUGUCAUAUUGAAAGCAAACGCGCUUACCACCCUCGCAGAAGGUCUGUUUCCAUGGCGUGAUCUCAUCACGCUCGAUCUGUCGGAAAAUCCGAUCUCUUGCGAUUGUCGUGUCAUGUGGCUGCGUAACUUGUUGGUGGAAAAGAACGGUACCAACGAUGCGAUCUCUGAGGUCUACUGCGCUUUUCCCGAACGGCUGCACGGCGAAGCUUUGCGUAACUUGAAUCCGGCGCUUAUGGGUUGUACACACACCGAUCCACGCAAGCAAGCUUUGAUUGGGGCAUUACUCGUCGGGUCGGCAGCCACGAUCACCACCUUGGCGCUCAUAUUGUAUCGUUGUCGCCGCAAGAUUCGCGAAUACAUCAGUAGCGGUGUUUGGGGUAACUCCGCUUUGGGACGUAAAGAACGUGAAUACCAGAAGACUUUUUGCGAUGAGGAUUACAUCACGCGCCAUCAGCAUCAUCCCUGCAGUCUUGGUAUACACUCGACCUUCUCAAACACCUACACCCCACAUCAUCCCGCUGCACGUCAUUAUGGCUUCUGCACCAUGCCCAUUAACGAUUUAAACGCGCCAGAAGCACAGAAGAAUCUACAACAGCUGCAAGUGCCCACUGCCACAGUGUUGAGCGAGAAGAAGGCACUACAAACCGGUAUUAGCAUUGACGAUUGCGCAUCAUACUCGCUACGGCUUAAACCCUGCAACGGCAACGUUGUGGAACCGCAGCCGAGCGUGAACCAUUACACGAAACCGCAAUUCGCACACUCCGCCGUUACGCUAGAUGUCGGUGAGUCGUGUUACUCGUAUGCCGAUGUGCCAAUGAUGCAUUCGCCCGCGGUGAAUACAUGCGAAGCACGCCAACACCAGCUGCGUCUCACGCAAGAGCACUUCAAACAACAGCAGCAACAACAGAAACAACAACAGCAACAACAACCGUCGCUGCAUUAUGGCACUUCAUCACGUAGCGAUUGUGAUGCGUCUAGCGAGGUAAUGGAUGCCAAUUAUAUUUACAGCAACACACACUAUUCGAUGCCGUUAGAGCAGGGACGUUGCGCCAAAACGCCCACACCACCGCCAAUACCGCCAGCAUUGCCCUUACGUAAUGGCAUAGCGACUACAGGUCGUCGCUCCUUCAUGGGCGCCAAUACACAAAAGCAACAACAGCAGCAGCAGCAGCCCUGCAACAACACAAUGCGUAAUCCCCACUGAUCGCAGGUGUUUAGUGUGGGUAAUGAGCUGUCGCUGGCUGUGCGUUACCCUACCUAUCACCAUCCGAAGCUGAGCUUGCACGCUUAGUGGGCGCCAACUGUGAUGUGACCGCGUGUCGUAGCGUAAACGUAUUAUCAAAACGGGACUUUUAGAUAUGGUAUACAGAGGGACGUUAGCGUGUAGGAGAGAUCACGAGAUAGAAUUUCAAGUAUUACUACUGGGGACCCUUAGUACAUAAAUAGUGAACCAACGAAUUAUAGAACAUAAGUAAUUAACUCGUAUGUAAUUAGCAAAAAC